CUUGACCUGACACAACUUAAACACCAGUGCGCGACUGUCAAAAACACAAACGAGACCCUUGCAACAUUCGCUGCAGCUUACACAUACGAACGCCGCCUCUACCUAUUAAGUCCACUGCUGUAUUGCUAUCCUAAAGAUACAUCGCCGUCACUGAUUUUGGAGUGAUGGGGCCCUGGAAAGGAGCGACGCAGGUUGCUCCGGGCGGUGGCGACGAUGUCGAGUCCUUCGGCGACGACAAGCGAGGCUGCUCCGGCUGGGUCAAGCGCAACCCAGUGGUGGCAGCCGUAUUGAUUACGCUCACAAUACUUGGCGUGAUAGCAGCUAUCGUGGUGCCGGUGACCUGCUCGGUCCACGGCUGUCCUCCAAAACAAGCAGAGGAUCCUACUCUGUCUUUGUACAAGAAUGCACCGGUUCGCCUGGUGGCGGCGUUCCUCUCUGACGUCGACGUCGCGGACCUGGUUCCGCCCAUCCUCAAACAAUACACAUCACGGGUGCAGAUGGCGCUUUCAAAUUUACAAAUUCUUGAGGCCGUAGACGAGUCCGUGCUUCAAAUCGUGCUCGACGAGGUUCGGAAGCGGACAGAUGUGGAGUUCGUGGUGCGCGACUUCGUGCUGAAGGCGCCCACAGACAUUACUGACCCCACAGCCGCGUCCUCCAGCAGCGGCCGCCGGUUGCAACAGGCAUACACUCUGAAUGACCCGCAACUGAGCACCACUUGGUGGUUUGACCGGAUCAACGUGACCGGCGCCUGGAGGCUGCUGAACGUCAAUGCCACGGACCCGCAACAGAGAACAAGCGACGUGGUAAUUGGCGUCACGGACAGUGGUGCCUUCGUGAAUCACCCUGACCUCAUUGGGUCGUUCUGGGAGAACCCGGCUGAAAUUGACAAUGAUCUGCGGGACAACGACAACAACACCUACAUUGAUGACGUCUAUGGCGCCUGCUUCGCCAACUCGGUGUGCUCGCCCACUUCGCUUAACUCUAACCUGUCGCGGUGCGGCAUCGGCAAAAACACAUUCGCUUGGAACAACGUCAACGACAUCAACAGCCACGGCACGAAAAUCGCUGGUGUCAUCGGUGCGCGGCCCAACAAUGGCAUCGGCCUGGCGGGUGUGGCGCCCAACUUGCGCCAGAUGGUUCUCAAGGUGGUGGAUGACACCUACUUUCAGUACGCAUAUAGCGACGUGGUGAGGGCCAUCGACUACGGGUACGCCAAGGGUGCGCGCAUCUUCUCCAUGUCGUUUGGCCAGGACGCCCGCACCAGUGCCACGCCCACCAACAAGCCUAGUCUGGACGCGGCUGCCACUGCCUACCGCAACCUGUUUAACAAGUACUCCAACGCCCUGUUCGUGGCAGCAGCAGGCAACGAGUGGACGAGCCUGGAGGGCUGGCGCUCAGGCAACUACACCUACUCGCCCUGCAUGAUCGCCACCGACAACACGCUCUGCGUGGGCGGCACCAACGUGAACGACACAAUCUUUUACGUCUUUGCCUUCAACCAGCAGGCCGGCACGAACUUCGGCCCCACCACAGUGGACAUGGGCGCGCCCGCACACAGCAUUUACACAACCGACAUUGCCGUCAAUAGAAACUACAGCGCCCCUUCGGGUACCUCUUUCGCUACCCCCAUGGUGGCGGCAGUGGCGGGUCUGGUGCUGUCGGCGCUGGGCGGCACCGGGCGGGCCACUCCGCAGACACCCCUGCAGAUUAAGAACAUCCUAAUGAGCUCUGGCGAUCUGCUGCCCAGUCUGAACAACCAGUUCAAGAGUGCGCGCCGCCUGAACGCCGCCAACGCUGUGGCGGCCGCCCUGACCCUGGCCCGGACCAACCGCACUACCGUUGUCCGGGAGCUGGAUGGCAGCACGGCCGCCGCCGUCGGUGCUGUCACCGCCAUGCAGGCGUGGGAGUACAUAUGGUACACGGGUGUUUACACGGAUGGUGCCUUCGACAACUUUGAUCCCAGCUUCCGCUUCCUGGACUACUAUGUGCGGCUGUCCUCCAACAUGCAAAUCGGCGGCAUGCGCUACGGCGGCAACACCAAGCUGCUGGUCACGUCGCACAUGCGUGUGGAGACCACCGGCAUGUACGGGCUGCAGGUGAUCCAGAGUGGCAUCACUCGCGAUAAGUGGCAGAUGAGCAUCGGCGAGAACAUCAUGUACUUCCGCUGGGUCAACAGCACCACCGGUUACAUCGACCUCUUUUUCCCCGACCCCGGCUUCUACAACAUCACCAUCUGGAUGUAUCCCGACUACGCAACUAACCUGGACUUCAAGUGGCAGUCGCCCACGGAUCCCAGCUACCUCAACCGCAACUGGUUCUGGAUCCUCAACUUUGACAGCCCCCCCGCGCCAGUCAAUGACCCUAAUGUCGCCGACAAGCCGGCUCUGUGGCACGUGGCCUGGAAUGAGGACCGGCAGUUCGACACGUGGAUAUACCAGUACGGCUAUUUCCAGGCCAACAAGGACAUACGGCGCUAUCGUGACUGGCAGACCACUGUGCCUGACUUCAACUUCGCCACCGGUGCCGAUCUUCGAAGCGGUCUCUAUGGCACCGGCACCGCCAUGCUCAACCCCGCCAACUAUGUGGUGUAUGGCUAUGCCCGCACCAACCUUGCGCCGAGGGCCUUCAGCCAGGGCGUGGCCUUCCGCCUGCGCGGCCCGCACACGCGCCUGUUCAUCAACGGGCAGUUGGUCUAUGACUUCCAGUCCACGUCCGUGUUCCAGACCGUCACGCCCUGUGUCACGCUGGCAAGCAACCAGUCGCACGAGAUCUACCUCUACUUCGCUGCAAUGCUCAACAACACCGCGCCUGUGGGCAUUCAGUGGGCCAACUGCAGCUCGCCCAACCAGCCCGCGGUGCUGUCCACCAACUACGUGUCCUUCUCUUCCGCUCUGGCCACCAAGUUCUUCUACAGCCCCAACCCUAACACCGUGGCCUCCCUGCCUCGCGGCUUCCGCUGCGACGCCUGGGCCGCCAACGGCUCCAUCACCCGGCCGGCGCCCAACAACCCGCCCUUCGGCACGCCGCCCAACCUCACCUGGAUGUACCCGCGCGACUGCCCCGCCGGACUCAAAGUCGGCAGCGAGUGCCGCAUGGGCACGAUCAUGCGGGAUUUGUUCCCUAGCAUUACCUGGAACUUCUGGAAUGUCCGCUGCUGGACCUACUGGUCGGGCAGCAUUAAGAACGGCGUGUCGCGCGCCUUCAACCUGCCCGGCGUGCACUACCAGACCCUGGCGGGCGCGCGCACCUACGAGAUGUUCGGUGACGGCCUCAACUUCUACAACUACGCACCCAUCCGCACCCGCUUCGCGUCCAACGUCUAUCAGCUCUUUGUGCUGGACUGGGUGGCGCUUGGGCCGCUGUGGAACCGCGUUGCGGCGCAGAUUGUGUGGGACGGUACCGAUAACGGAAAUUCUACAGACGUUGAUAAUUUCCUCAAGACCGACAGCAGCCGCAUGAUCCUGCCGGCGAAUGCUGCAGCACCAUACAUGUGGCAGAAUGUAACGUUCGUGCCGUGAUGAGUGAAGGAAGGCAGGGCAGGAAGAGGUUCGAGAGGGCCCAGUGGAAGAAACGAGAUGGGCGGGUGGGGGGCUAGUGUCGCGAGGUCAGGGUUCGUGUAGUUUGGGACAGCAUGCUUGGCCUUGUGUGCAUGUGUUUGCAUGAUUUAUGCUCAAAAUGCAUACCCGACUGACUCGCUCUUUCAUAACCUUGCCGCACGGCAUCGUGCGCCAUCCUCUUCCCGUCGUGCUGUGCGAACAGCACCUUUUUUGCAAUGGGGGAGUCCUGAGGUUGGUGGAGUAGCACUGGCGAAGGCGUACAUAAAUGUAUAGUGGGCCGCUGUGGCUUGCAAGUGACCUCGGCUCGCUUCAACCACAGCGUGAACUAGCGUUGCUCUUAACGAUUAUGAUGGCCGGUUGGGGUCUAUGCGCAUAUUGUCCUAUUGAUGGGUUUGCGGGGAUGCUGCAGUGGAUGCAUCCCAGCCCCGUGUUUCGCGUGGCAAACUCGCGAACGCGUGCGGCCUACCUUCGCAUUACCGGGCUGCCAUAAUUGACAUUGUUGAAUACAGUUCAUUAGCUCUUGUUGCGCCUGCGAUGUCAUGCACGUUAGGUGCUUGGGGCAGGGAGGAGAGGGGAGACUGUGUGUGUGUGGGCUGUGUGUGUGUGUGUGUGUGUGUGUGUGUGCCGCUACGGGUUGGACGGCGCGUAGCUUCACGUAGACUUCACUUGCAGAUCGAUAGGUAGAUUCCUAAAGCUGGCCUUUUGCCGCCGUGGUGCAUUGUAGCUGGCGCGUGAAAAGGACUGAGUUGGUUUCCCACGGGCCACGGCAUGCGUGAGGAUACCGUAUAUGUGGCUCUGUACGACAUCUCGCCCAUAAACAUGUCACCGGGUCCCUGGACAAGCGUUGGCCUCACGCUCGUUCUCAAUCCGCUCCCGUCCACGUCUGCCCCUCGUUCGCGUACCGUGAUGUGUGUGUGUUAUAGGAUUGGAAGUGUGCAUUCCUAAUACCUGCAACGAGACUAACCGAGGA